AUCUCACGUCCCCUGAAGCUCGGAGCUUACCCGAGUCCCCUUCCCCGAUCCGCCGGCCAAUCCACUCGCCGUCGCCAUGCCGGCGUUCAAGGCACCCGCGCCGGGAUUCGCUGUCCAGUUCAGCCCGUUCCACGAGAACCGCCUUCUCGCCGCAACGUCCCAACACUUCGGGCUCGUCGGCAACGGCCACCUCAUCGUCCUCGACCUCUCGCCGCCGGCCCCAGCGGCGCCCCCGCGCCGGUUUUCUCGUUCCCCACCUCUGACGCGCUCUUCAACUGCGCGUGGUCUGAGUCCCACGAGUGCCUCUGCGACGCCGCCUCGGAGGACGGCUCCGUGCGCCUCUUCGACGCCGCCUACCCGGAAAAGGAGACGGAAGCAGCCGGCGGCGGAGGCGACGUCGAGGAGUGCGCUUCUUGCGGCGGCGGGGGCGAGGAGGAAGGCUGCCCCGUCGCGGACGACGAGGGCGACGGCGAGGUGUUCGACCGCGCGGCGUUCUCGAGGUUCCUGAGGAAGGCGUCGCUCGGCGAGACCAAGGAGUACUCCAAGAUGUCCUACCUCUGCAAUAUCGCCUACAUUCUUUCAGCCAAAAUGUCUGCGAAGAUACAACUUGCGGUUUGUGACUUCGUCAGUGCAAGAGAAGGCCAGAACAAGUCCUGAUGAGAAGCAGGAGAAUAACACUCGGAAAACUGAAUCUUCGGAUCAAGAAUCUGAAGUUGUCAAGA